GAAGACGGCCAACCGACCGGCUAGUGGCUGUGACUCUUCCUGGGGAAGCCCAUAAUUUGUUCCCGUCCAUUCUUCCUCUCCUUCCAUCUUUUCGACUUUGAAAACACUCAUCUUAUAUUUUUUGGCAAGCUUUGAUUGUUCUUGACCAUUGCUACCAAUCUUGAAUUGUUGAUUGAUUCAUCACCUGGUGCCGUCUACUUGUUUCAUUUCUCAGUUUUUCCCCCUCCCCCCCUGUCGGUUCUGCUCCCGCGAAUCCUUCCGUCCCCGCAGCGAUGUCGGCCUCAGGAUCCGGUGCUGAUUCCAGCGCUUCCAAGAAGGCGUUCCCUCGCGUUGACCUCGAGGGACACAAUCUGCCUCCUUCACCUGCUCCAUCUAGCCCUCAUGGUGUUAGACGCUACAACAUCGCCACCGAGCUGGUCUACACGGACAGCAAUGAUCAGUACAAUGCCAGCAGCGUCCCGAUCUAUCAGAGUGCCACUUUCAAACAAACCUCCGGCGGCGGCGGCGGCGAAUAUGAUUACACCCGCUCCGGAAAUCCCACCCGAACUCACCUCGAGCGUCACUUGGCUAAGAUCAUGUCGGCUCAGCGCGCUUUAGUUGUGUCGUCCGGCAUGGCCGCUCUAGAUGUGAUCACCCGCUUGCUUCGUCCUGGCGAUGAAGUUGUGACCGGUGAUGAUCUUUACGGAGGAACCAACCGCCUUCUGAAGUAUCUUUCUACCAACGGCGGAAUCAUUGUGCACCAUGUGGAUACCACCGACCCCGAGAAGGUGCGCGAGGUCUUGACCUCGAAGACGGCCAUGGUUCUGCUCGAGACCCCGACCAACCCCCUGAUCAAGAUCGUCGACAUUCCCCAGAUCGCCGCGGCCGCCCACGAGGCGAACCCCAACUGUCUCGUCUCGGUCGACAACACCAUGAUGUCGCCCCUUCUCCUCAACCCGCUUGAUCUGGGGGCGGACAUUGUCUACGAGAGUGGUACGAAAUAUCUGUCGGGUCACCACGACCUCAUGGCUGGUGUGAUCGCAGUGAACGACCUGGCGCUGGGCGAGCGUCUCUAUUUCCCCAUCAACGCGUCCGGCUGCGGUCUGUCGCCCUUCGACUCGUGGCUGCUUCUGCGCGGUGUCAAGACCCUGAAGGUGCGCAUGGACCAGCAGCAGGCAAACGCGCAGCGGAUUGCGGAGUACCUCGAGACCCAUGGCUUCAAGGUGCGCUACCCGGGACUGCGGUCGCACCCUCAGUAUGAACUCCACCACUCGAUGGCCCGCGGCUCGGGCGCGGUUCUCUCGUUUGAGACGGGUGAUGUGGGUGUCAGCGAGCGGAUUGUGGAAAGCGCCAAGCUGUGGGCGAUCAGCGUGAGUUUCGGCUGCGUGAACAGCCUGAUCAGUAUGCCCUGCCGCAUGAGCCAUGCCAGCAUCGACGCCAAGACGCGCAAGGAACGAGCGAUGCCGGAGGAUCUCAUCCGGUUGUGUGUGGGUAUCGAGGAUGUUGACGAUCUGAUCGAUGACCUGCAGCGCGCCCUGGUGCAAGCUGGCGCGGUCAACGUCACCUUGGAAGGGAUCCAGGCGAACACGUCUGAAUGAGCUACAUAUGCAUAAUGACACUGGGAAGACGGUGCGUUGGGCCAUGAAGGACGGAAAGCCCAGGGAGCGAGGGGUUUUAUGAUUUGGGAGACAAUUUUUUUAGUUUAAUUUGUGUUGGGCGUUUGGAGCAUGUUAAUUGAUUUGUAUGUAUGAAGACCCAGAAGAAGAAAAAAGAAAUGAUAGAUCCAGCAUCGUGAUGAAAGUGUUCCUUGGAUAUUUACCCGGGAAGUGGACCGA